AUGGUUGUGACAAGUGGCUCUGCUACUAAGGCCAUAACCAUGCAAAGCACAAAGCAUUAUGACGUCGUCGAAGUCAUCAACGCAGACGCAGACACUGUCGCCUUCCUAAUUCGUACUCAAGUAAUCGGUGGUGCACAUCACACAUCCAUAUUUCUUAUGUUACGAUGUAAUUUAGAGUGUGAGAACCUAAGGUAUUCAGAGGAAUUGGCUUUGUUCAUGAAGAAUCGUAUUGAGGAAGCAGCCAGGAAGAGGGAGCAAUGGUUUGGUAUCCAGAGAGUACAGCGGGAGCAUGACAAAGAUAAGUUCCUUCAACUGAAGACUUUGCAGAGAGAAAUGGAAAACUGUGAGGCAACGAGGCAUCGGCAAAGCAAAGCGCUGCUAUUGGAUACUAAAGAAGCCCAACUGCAUCAAAUGAAGGAAAAGGAAGCAAUGAGGCAAAGAGAAAAGCAGAUCGACUUAAUAUGGGAAGACGUUACUCGGCGAUAUUUCGAAGAAAAGGCUAAGCAAGAUGUUGUGGAAAAAAAAUUACUCAAAACGAUUGCGGGAAUCAAUCGGAACAUUAACAUAAAAAAUUACGAGUGUCAAAGGAAGAACAACAAAGUUGCCGAACAAGCAACUCGAGAACAAUUCGUGAAGGAGUAA